CCUAUAAAUACAGUGGAUUAUAUGGAUUGAAUUUUGAAGGUUAAUCAGUCUUGCAUCCUUGGAAUAGAUCAGUCUUGCAUCCUUGGAAUAGACCCCACUUGGUCAUGCCCUGCCAUACCCCUCCUCUGAGCAAUGAACACAAAGCCUGCUACCUGCUUGAGUCCAGAAGGGAAAGGGUGAAAAAAAAGGAGAAAAGAAAAAAAUUAAACAGAACAUGUUAACAUCUCAAAAUAUUCUGCCACAUUUGAAAUACGGGAGAGUUGAAUUCGUUAGAGGACUUCUAUUGGAAAAAAGGAAUUGUUUUUGAAAACGACGUCUCUGCAGUUGCACAGACUGUGUUGGACCUAGGUCCGCAGAACGCCGUGAUGUCAUCAUUGAGGUCAGAGAAUCUGCUGUGGGCCUGGUGACCUUUGAACCUUAACAGCCCUGCAGUGUAGUGGGCACUGGGCAGUGCUGCUCCUUCACUAAGCGGUCUGAGUUCUUUAGCUAUCUCGGAGAUUCAACUACUUUUAUUCGUACUGAAUCUUUUUAAUGAAUUUCCUGAGAGCCAAGAAGGGCCAAUCUACAGGAAAAAGUGGGAGGUGGACAUUAAGCAUCUUCUAGAAACUCUUCUAGCUGAUAUCAUGAAACGACGACAAAAGAGGAAACAUUUGGAAAAUGAAGAGUCCCAGGAAACCGCUGAGAAGGGAGGAGGAAUGUCAAAGUCCCAAGAGGAUGCCCUGCAGCCUGGAUCCACUAGAGUCACCAAAGGCUGGAGACAAGGGGUGGGAGAAGUUACUUCUACCUCCGAAUACUUCUCCUGCGUUUCUUCUUCACGCAAGCUCAUCCACAGUGGAAUCCAGAGAAUACAUCGAGACAGCCCCCAGCCUCAAUCACCCCUGGCCCAGGUUCAGGAACGAGGAGAGACUCCUCCCCGCUCACAACAUGUCCCGUUGUCGUCCCAUUCAUCCUAUAAGACUUGUGUGUCCUCUCCGUGUGUAAACGAAGAGGAAAGGGGCAUGAAAAUAUACUACAUGCAGGUACAAAUGAACAAAGGUGUGGCUGUCUCCUGGGAGACAGAGGAAACUUCGGAGUCCUUAGAAAAGCAGCCAAGGAUGGAAGAAGUGACCCUUUCUGAGGUUGUGAGGGUAGGUACUCCCCCCUCUGAUGUGUCCACCAGAAACCUCCUGUCUGACAGUGAGCCCAGUGGGGAGGAGAAAGAGCAUGAGGAAAGGACAGAAUCAGACAGCCUGCCAGGCUCACCCACCGUUGAGGACACACCCAGGGCCAAGACUCCUGACUGGCUGGUGACCAUGGAGAACGGCUUCAGGUGCAUGGCCUGCUGCCGGGUGUUCACCACCAUGGAAGCCCUCCAGGAGCAUGUGCAGUUUGGGAUCAGAGAGGGCUUCAGCUGCCACGUCUUUCAUCUCACCAUGGCUCAGCUGACAGGCAACAUGGAAUCAGAGAGCACCCAAGACGAGCAGGAGGAGGAAAAUGGAAAUGAGAAGGAGGAGGAAGAGAAAACAGAAGCAAAGGAGGAGGAGGGGCAGCCCACAGAGGAAGACCUUGGCCUGAGGAUAUCCUGGAGCCAAUGUCCAGGCUGUGUGUUUCAUUCUCCAAAGGACAGGAACAGCUGAGACUUAUGGGCCAGAAGAUACUGGAAGAUGGUGUGGCCUUCUCUUGCAAGAGGGAGAAGAAAGAGCCAUGGAGAUAGUAGCAGACAGACUGCCCAAGGUAUGAAGCAGAUGAGGGACCAGCACUCAGUCUAACAUGUAAAUAUCAUACGUAAUAAAGGUUGUAUUUCAAACCUU